AAGUUGACAUUCUUUCCCAUUGGAUACCAAAAAGAAACUCAGUUGCGAAGAGAAAAAAGAAAGAUGGGGUGGACAUGGAAGGAAGAACACUUGGAUAUAAUCCUAGUCCCAUCUGGGUUGUUGAUCAUGUGCGUCUAUCACCUCUUUCUUCUCCAUAGAUAUAUCAAGCAUCCGGAAACCACAGCGAUCGGAUAUGAGAAUCAUAACAAAAAGGCAUGGGUUGAAAAAAUGCUUCUGAUUGACACCAAAGACAGAGGGUUUGUAGUAGCUGUUCUCAAUAGCCACUUAUCUGCUUCAACUUCCCUUUGUUCCAUUUCUCUAUUUCUAUGUUCUCUUAUCGGAGCUUUACUGGGAAACUCAUCUAAUAACUUUCUUACAAGCACUUUUAUCUUUGGUGACACAAGUAAAUCCACCAGCUCUAUCAAAUACAUCGGCAUUUUAUCAUUCUUCCUACUCGCAUUUGCUUGUUUUGUACAAACUACAAGGCAUUUUGUGCAUGCUAGUUUCCUCAUAAGCAUGCCAACAGGUUCUGUUCCUGUUCUUUGCAUCCAAAAGUCGGUGAUAAGAGGAAACAAUUUUUGGACAGUUGGAUUGCGUGCACUCUACUUUGCAAUCACUUUGCUACUAUGGAUUUUUGGUCCAAUUCCUAUGUUUGUUGGCUCUGUAGCUACAGUCAUAAUGUUGCAUUUUCUAGAUGUCAAUAAAGCACCCAUGAUUGAGUAUGGAUCACACAAGGGUUCAAACAGUGAUCACCUGCGGAAUAUUGGACAUGAAAUAGCUUCUGUGGUUAGGCCUUUUGAAGACAACGGAAGGCCAUAGAGAUAGAUAUGCACGAAAACCCCUUGAAAUCUAGUUAUUUCGAAGCUUAAAGCUCUAUGUUCUUGCUUAUUUGUUC